CCCAAAGAAGAGCGCAAAGAAUUCCGGGCUCCCCCCAGAGAAAAAGAGGGGGGGGGGGGUCGAAGAGAAGAAGCCGGCCGGGGGGCGCAGUUCACGGAUUCCGUGGCAGCGCAGAGGCCACGGCCGAACUUUCUCCAUGAGGAGGGGUAGAAGAUGCCGGCUUUGCCCGCACUGCUGCUGCUGCUGAUUCUCGGCUAUGCCCACAAGAGUGCCGAAGUGCUGUCUUCACUGCGCAUGGCCGCAAUCUUGGAUGACCAGACGGUGUGCGGCCGGGGGGAGCGACUGGCAUUAGCCUUGGCACGGGAGCACAUCAACAGCAUCAUCGAGGUGCCCGCCAAAGCCCGCGUGGAGGUCGAGAUCUUCGAACUACAGCGGGACAGCCAGUACGAAACCACUGACACCAUGUGUCAAAUCCUGCCCAAGGGGGUCGUUUCAGUUCUGGGCCCAGCUUCCAGCCCGGCCUCUGCUUCUAUCGUCAGCCACAUCUGCGGGGAGAAAGAGAUCCCCCAUAUUAAAGUGGGUCCCGAGGAGACCCCGAAGCUGCAGUACCUUCGUUUUGCCUCCGUCAGCCUCUACCCCAGCAACGAGGACGUCAGCCUUGCGGUGUCCCGCAUCCUCAAGUCCUUCAACUAUCCCUCGGCCAGUCUCAUCUGCGCCAAAGCUGAGUGCCUGCUGCGGUUGGAGGAGCUGGUGCGUCAGUUUCUCAUCUCCAAGGAGACGCUCUCGAUCCGGAUGCUGGACGAAACCAACGACCCAACGCCGCUGCUCAAGGAGAUUCGAGACGACAAGAUCUCCACCAUCAUUAUCGACGCCAAUGCUUCCAUCUCCUAUCUCAUCCUGAAGAAGGCCUCAGAGCUGGGGAUGACGUCUGCCUUCUACAAGUACAUCUUGACCACAAUGGAUUUCCCAAUUCUUCACCUGGAAGGGAUUGUGGAUGACCACUCCAAUGUCCUGGGCUUCUCUAUGUUCAACACCAGCCAUCCGUUCUACCUGGAGUUUGUCCGCAGCCUCAACAUGUCGUGGCGGGAGAACUGCGAAGUCAGCCCUUACCCUGGGCCUGCGUUGUCGGCGGCACUGAUGUUUGACGCGGUGCACGUCGUGGUGAGUGCCGUCCGGGAGCUGAACCGCAGCCAAGAGAUUGGGGUCAAGCCCCUCGCCUGCACGUCGGCGAACAUCUGGCAACACGGAACCAGCCUAAUGAACUACUUGCGCAUGGUAGAGUAUGACGGGCUGACAGGGCGUGUCGAGUUCAACAGCAAGGGUCAGAGAACGAAUUACACCUUGCGAAUCCUUGAAAAGGCACGUCACGGUCAUCGGGAGAUUGGGGUGUGGUACUCCAACAGGACGCUUGCAAUGAAUGCCACGACGUUGGACAUCAACAUCUCAGAGAGCCUCGUCAACAAGACUCUGAUAGUCACCACUAUCUUGGAGAACCCCUACAUGAUGCGCCGCACCAACUACCAGGAGCUCUCUGACGCGGAGCAGUACGAAGGAUUCUGUGUGGACAUGCUUCACGAGCUGGCGGACAUCUUGAAAUUCCGCUUCCAGAUUAAGCUGGUGGAGGACGGGCUGUACGGGGCGCCUGAGCCCAAUGGAUCGUGGACCGGCAUGGUGGGAGAGCUCAUCAAUAGGAAAGCCGAUCUGGCAGUGGCGGCCUUCACCAUCACGGCGGAGCGGGAGAAGGUCAUCGACUUCUCCAAGCCCUUCAUGACCCUGGGGAUCAGCAUCCUGUACCGAGUGCACAUGGGACGCAAGCCAGGCUAUUUCUCCUUUCUGGAUCCCUUCUCCCCAGCAGUAUGGCUCUUCAUGCUUUUGGCGUAUCUUGCCGUGAGCUGUGUCCUUUUCCUAGCUGCCCGGCUGAGCCCCUAUGAGUGGUACAAUCCCCACCCCUGCCUCCGGGAGCGUCACAACAUCCUGGAGAACCAGUACACGCUCGGCAACAGCCUCUGGUUCCCCGUUGGGGGCUUCAUGCAGCAGGGAUCAGAGAUCAUGCCCCGGGCUCUCUCUACCCGCUGUGUCAGCGGGGUCUGGUGGGCCUUCACCCUGAUCAUCAUCUCCUCCUACACGGCCAACCUGGCCGCCUUCCUCACUGUGCAGCGGAUGGAGGUGCCCAUCGAAUCGGCUGACGACCUGGCGGACCAAACCAACAUCGAGUACGGCACGAUCCACGCCGGCUCCACCAUGACCUUCUUCCAAAAUUCCCGGUACCAGACGUAUCAGCGGAUGUGGAAUUACAUGCAUUCGAAGCAACCGAGCGUCUUUGUGAAGAGCACGGAAGAAGGGAUUGCCCGGGUGCUGAAUUCCAAAUACGCCUUCCUGCUCGAGAGCACCAUGAAUGAAUAUCACCGGAGGCUGAACUGCAAUCUCACCCAGAUCGGCGGGCUGCUGGACACCAAGGGCUACGGCAUCGGCAUGCCGCUGGGCUCACCGUUCCGGGACGAGAUCACCCUGGCGAUUCUGCAGCUCCAGGAGAAUAACCGCUUGGAGAUCCUGAAACGCAAAUGGUGGGAGGGAAGCAAGUGCCCGAAAGAAGAGGACCACCGGGCCAAAGGGCUGGGCAUGGAGAACAUCGGUGGAAUCUUUGUGGUUCUGAUCUGCGGCCUGAUCAUUGCGGUCUUCGUCGCUGUCAUGGAGUUUGUUUGGGCCACGCGCCGUUCGGCGGAACACGAAGAGAUCUCAGUGUGCCAGGAGAUGCUGAGGGAGCUGCGCCACGCUGUCUCUUGCCGCAAGCCGACCCGCUCCCGCCGCCGGCGCCGCCACUACACGACCCGGGGGGCCCUGUCGCUGCGCUCCGUCCGGGAGAUGCGCCUCAGUAACGGCAAACUCUACUCGGGGACUCUAAUAUCGGAGCCCGGCCCGCAGCGCCUCCUGGACGAUCCCCCCAGGCCUUGCACCCAUGUCCGCAUCUGCCACGAGUGCCGGCGUAUCCAGACUCUCCGGGGAGCCCCUCCGCCGCCCCGGGGGCCCCCGCCCCCUGAGGAGGGCACUCCGCGAAGGGGAGUCCCCCGCGAACUCAGCGAGCAGGAGUGAGCUCCCCCCCCGACUUGCUUACCGUCCCCCCCACUUUGGCCCUGCCUUCGCUCUCUUGUGGAGGCGCCUGCAUUUAGACAUGUACGCUAUGCGUAUGCCCUGACUUUGGGACCCAGGCUUGUGGGGAUCCCCCCCCCAAAUUAGAGCCCCUUCCCCGCCCUCGGAGGGGACAUCCUUGCGGCACCGGGGCGAAUCCAGAGAGAAAGCUCCACGGCGAUCCCUGAAAGGCAAGGAAGCGUGUCUCUUUCUAAAUCCCCCCUUGCCCCCGGUUGAAUCCUGCCGUUGAGCUGAUAGAUCUUUAGCUGCCUGUCCCUGGCCUCAGAGCAAGGCAGAGUUCGGAGUCAGCUGCUGCUGGGGUGUGCAGAAAGACGCGUAAACUGGUUUUGGUCUUUCUGGGAGAGCAACGCUACAGGUGACCUUUCCUCAUAUCAUCUUUCCCCCUCCAACCCCUCCUCACGCUUCCACUGUGCAGCCGACCCCUCUGGGAACCCCUUCCCCAUCCCUUCGCCCCAAGGAGGGAAUUGCUCAAACCAAUGCACCAGUGGGGUAGGAGAUGCGAAACUGCCCGCUAUCCAUGUGCCUCGGGGAAGCUGGGAAACGACCCUCCGGCCGAUGAGGGCCGGGGGCUUACGCCAUCCCCUUUACGCGUGUGACGUGAAGGUCGGGGGCGCUUUUGCGAGACCCGCAGGGAGGGAGCCCCAUCCCAUAACUAGAGGAGCGGAAGGGUGCGCAGCUAGUUAAACCACACUUUGGGGAUCGGGCUGAACUUGGGGGAUUCUCGGUGAUCGAGGGAAGCCACCUUCCAUGGUGUCCGCUUGGAGUAUCCACGCUUCGAACCAAUAAACCUGCAGCAGCCAGGAGCGAGAUUCAGAGGGGACAAGCGGACGAAACGGACGUAGGUAAUACGGAACAGCGCAAAACCCUGCUCUUUGGGGCGGCGGCGAGGAGAGGACCGCCCAGGACCCUGGAAGCGGAAGACGGUGGGGAGCGAGGAUGGGUCUAUGGGGCCCCCUCCCCACAACGUUUUGUCUGUCUUUUUUAAUUUUUGUUUCACUCUUUUAAUUUUUUUGGUUUUCCUUUUUUUGGAGAAAUUUCUAUAGAAGCCAAAAACUGGAGACUUUAGUGGCGACCCCAAAAGACAAAUAAACAUGAGGAUACUUGAUUCUUUUA